UUUUGUGCACAAGUUGAAGUUAUUUUUUCGGUAGCUGUUAUAGUGAUUUUACAAACACACUUCUUCACACAAUAGAACUUGAGUUCUAGUUGGAAUAUUGACCUGAUUUAGUUUAUCAACAUUUGAUCAAGAGUUGUAGACUGCGGAUACCAAGAUGCUUGGAAUUUGUCUAGUUAGCUUUGUGUUGAUGCCUCUUCUGUGCCAGGCAGCUCUACCUGCACUGAAGAAACAAUCGAUCGUCGAUAAUGGAGAUCACGUGUUAAUUUGUAACCAACAACCUAUAGAGCUAGGCAUCGUAUUAGAUGCCUCGUCGUCCAUCAACGACCAAGAUUUUGGGGCUGCCAAAAGUUUUCUGCAAGACUUUGUCAAACAGUACAACGUAGACGGCGGCUAUGUGCGGGUAUCUCUUAUCGUGUACGGCAAUGGGGUCUACACACAGGAUGCGUUUAACUUGGGAACAUACAAACGACUUGAUGACAUAGUGGCGGCCAUUGGGGCAAUUAGGCACCGCUACGGUGGACGAACGGACACAGGGAAGGGCAUCAAAUACAUGUACCAGAGUCAACUAGCCAAUCACCUGACCAGACCCAACGUGCCAAAAGUCUGCGUCGUCUUGACGGACGGAAACUCCCAGGAUGAAGAUAUUACCAAGCAAGAAGCCGAGAUCGCAAGAAACCAAAACAUCACUAUGUACGCCAUUGGUGUGGGCCCAACCGUCAAAGAAAGAGAGCUGCUCAACAUCGCAGGGGACAAGUCACGUGUCUCCCGUGUAGACAAAUAUGCGGAGCUGAGCCAGAUCAAACAAGAGCUGGCCUACAAGACGUGUGAGAAGGUAGAGAAACCUACAACCACACCACCGCCACAAGACGAAGGGUGUGGUGUCAUCAACCCGUCAGAUAUUUACUUUGUCUUCAGCCCGGCGUCACUGGGUCUCGAUCUCACAUCGUGGACCACCUCCUUUAUAUCGACCACAAUCAACGCUGAAGAUUUGAAAGAGGGCUUCAGAUUUGGUGUGAUCUCUGGCUCCUGUCCCGAUGACGCAGGUUUUGACCUUGACGACUACAACAACGUUGCUGAUAUCAGGAAGCGACUGGAUGCCUACGACCGCACGCGUAUCCCAGCUCUGCUACAGCGUCUAAAGACUGACGCCUAUACACCAUCAAGGGGAGGGAGGGAGACGGCGUCUAAGGUGGCCGUCAUCACACUCACUAGCGGCGACUUGAAAGAUAAAAAAACCGAAAAGCGUAUCCAGGAGCUCAAGGCACAAGGGAUCAAGCUUUUCGUCACCGACCCCACAAACAGUGGUAUCAAGAUAGAUGGAGUGACCACACUAACGGGAUCAUCCGCCUCAAUGCAGGCAAACGAUUUCAUAGGCCAACUCUGCAGCAAGUAAGCCCAGAUCAAGACGAUUGCCAACCAAAAAACAAGGGCCGAAGAUGAGACUAGGAUCAUUUACAUUAGAGUUUUUAUGCAUGGUUGUUACAAUUUUUUUUUCGUUUUAAAUUUUAUUCUCUUUAUGUUUGUAUCUGUGUAGUGCUCAUUUAAGAAGAUGUAUUAUAUUGUACUAAAGAAAUGUUAUGGGAGUUGAACUAAUGUUAGUCUAAACAGUUUGUACACACAAAAAAGGACGGUGUGGUCGGGGGUUAGAGCAUCAGUAGUCAACUAAUAUGGAAGUCUCGAGUUUGCACUUUGAUUCAAGUUUUUAAAAAAGAAAACAACAGUGAUCACAAUCUUGAAUUGCUUGUUGUUCUAAUGAGAGUUAAAACUUUACUCGCAAAGGCAUAAAAGAACGUAAAUUGUUUACGAAAAAGGCAUUAUUGAUCUAUACUGUUAAUCAUAUUUUCGCGACACUUAAAGUUUUAUUUUCAUCCCAAAUUAUUUAUUAUUUCAGCUUGUUUUCAAAUUAUUUUAAAAAUAUUUUUACAUAUUAAAUAAAGUAUUAUUUUUAGCACUAA